GGUUCCACCUUCCUGGACUCAUGUGACUUUGAACGUGAGAACAUCUGCGGUAUGAUCCAGGGAGAAGGGGACAAGGCAGAAUGGGUCAGGGUCGCCGAGGCUGCCGGAGGCCCCGACACUGACUAUUCCAACAUGGGAAAAUGCACAGGUUCAGGAUACUUUAUGCACUUCAGCACAGCCACAGCCAACACUGGGGACACAGCUCUGCUUGAAAGCAGGCUCCUUUACCCCAAGAGAGGUUUCCAGUGUCUGCAGUUCUUCUACUACAACAGCGCCGGGCCCAGUGACAAACUGAAUAUCUAUGUCCGAGAGUACAACCAAACAAACUCCAACGGCACACUGCGCUUCAUAAAGACCAUAGAUGGAUCCCCUCAGCAGCUGUGGCAGCUGCACCACGUGAGUCUAGAUGUCAAGACAAAGUUCAGAGUUGUCUUUGAAGGGUCCAAAGAGGGCCCUGGGCCCUCGACAGGGGGACUGUCCCUGGAUGACAUCAACCUCUCCGAGACCACCUGCCCAGAGUUUAUAUGGCGCGUGAAGAACUUCAGUCACGUCAUGGACAACACUACAGUGAACACACCAAUCUUCAGCCCGCCAUUCACCUCCAAGGAGGGUUACACUUUCCAAAUGGGGCUGUACCCCAGCGGAAAGGAGGGCUACCCCGGCGAGCUGUCGGCCUACGCUCACCUGGUGGCCCGCGAGGGGGACACCGGGCAGAAAUGGCCCUGCCCCUGGAAGCAGAUGACCAUGAUGCUGAUGGACCAACACCCGCACAUCCAGAAGCGCAUGUCCAACCAGCGCAGUGUGACUACUGACCCCAACAUGAAGGCAACAGACUCUCAACAGUUUUUCUGGGAUGACCCUCGCAAGGUGGGCUCUGAAGUCACAGACGCGGAUGGGUCCAAGUAUUUCCGAGGGCCGGGCGCUGGGACUGCGGUGUACCUCACGCACCUCAGAGCCAAGAGCAGGGAUUUUAUCAAGGGAGGGGACGCCAUAUUCCUCCUCACAAUGGAGGAUGUGUCUCAUCUGAAUGUGACCCAGCCUCUGCCUUCCACGAUCGUACCACCCGUCACCUCUUCACCCACCACUGACGCAAAUGCAACCACUGCACCCACCACCCACACCACU